AUGCUGACGCAACUUCAAGGUCUCCACGCAGUGUGCCUGCUCUACGAGACUCACUACAAACUAGGUGGAUGCCAAGAAGGUACCGGAGCGCUGGCCGUUCGGGGCGCACGGGACAUGCUGCAGCGGGAAACCGGAACAAGGCCCAUGGUGCAGGGGCACUGA